AUGGAGCGCACUGCACCUGACCUACAACUCAUGCCAGUGAUGACAAAGGACGUCCAUGUCCCAGCUCUGGACUCUGGCUGCUGUCGAACAGCUGUCACCACAGUUGUGGCUGUUAGUACAGUUGUCCUUACCCUGGGAGUCCUUUUGGGCUUCCUCUCUGCACAGAGAGUGCAUGUGGGGCACACAGCACAGUUGCACGGGAUCCAGUUCACCAGCUCUCUUCAGCAGGAGACCUCCGACUACUACCGUGUGCUCACACCUGCUCUGCAGACACUGUUUGUGAGCAGUUUCCACAAAACAGAGUUGGAAUCAAGCUGUGCAGGCUGUACAGUGCUCAGUUACAGGGAUGGGAAUUCCAGCGUAUUUGUGAAUUUCCGGCUCCACUUUCUGCUCCGAGCCCUCCAGCCACUGAGCCUGGACCAGGAGGAGGACAUCUUGCAGAAAGGUAUCCAGGCAAGGCUUCAGGGACAUGGUCUUCCCCUGGCUGCCUACGGCACCAUCAUGUCAGUGGAGCUCACAGGUAGGUGGGUGGGUGGUCCAGUAUCUGAGAAGGACUUGAAGUCAGGCCGCUGUCCUGGAAACGCCUUCUCCUGUGACAACAAUCAGUGUGUGAGCAAAGCAAACCCGGAGUGUGACAACAGGGUGGACUGCUCUGAUGGGUCUGACGAGGCUCAAUGUGACUGCGGCUGGCAGCCAGCCUGGAGGUCGGCGGGCAGGAUUGUGGGUGGCGUGGAGGCGGCCCCCGGGGAGUUCCCCUGGCAGGUCAGCCUUCGAGAAAACCAUGAACACUUCUGCGGGGCCACCAUCAUCGGGGCCAGGUGGCUGGUGUCUGCUGCCCACUGCUUCAAUGAAUUCCAGGACCCUGCGCAGUGGGCUGCCCAGGCAGGCAGCGUGCACCUGAGCGGCUCUGAGGCCAGUGCUGUGCGUGCCCGCGUGCUCCGCAUCACCAAGCAUCCCGCCUACAACGCUGACACUGCGGACUUCGACGUGGCGGUGCUGGAGCUGGCUCACCCACUGCCCUUUGGCCACUACGUGCAGCCUGCCUGCCUCCCCGCCGCCACGCACGUCUUCCCGCCGCGCAAGAAAUGCCUGAUCUCUGGCUGGGGGUACCUGAAAGAGGACUUUUUGGUGAAGCCGGAGGUCCUCCAGAAAGCCACAGUGGAAUUGCUGGACCAGAACUUAUGUGCCAGCCUGUACGGCCACUCGCUCACCGACAGGAUGGUGUGUGCCGGCUACCUAGACGGCAAGGUGGACUCCUGCCAGGGUGACUCGGGGGGACCCCUGGUCUGCGAGGAGCCAUCCGGAAGAUUUUUCCUGGCUGGCAUCGUGAGCUGGGGGAUCGGCUGUGCGGAAGCGCGGCGACCAGGGGUCUACACCCGCGUCACCCGGUUGCGGGACUGGAUCUUGGAAGUGACCAGCACGGCUGUGGUCCCCACAGCGGCUUCUGCGCCCGUUGCCCCAAGCACUCCCUGGCCGACCAGCCCCGAAACCUCUGCCAAUCCUACUGCUGCCCGCAGCACUGCACCACACCCCAGCACUGCGGCCAAGCCACAAGAGUGUGGGGCCAGGCCUGCCAUGGACAAGCCCACUCGCAUUGUGGGUGGGCUCAGCGCUGUAUCUGGGGAGGUGCCCUGGCAGGCCAGCCUGAAGGAAGGAUCCAGACAUUUCUGUGGAGCCACCGUGGUGGGUGACCGCUGGCUGCUGUCCGCCGCUCAUUGUUUCAACCACACCAAGGCAGAGCAGGUGCAAGCUCACCUUGGCACCGCGUCCCUGCUGGGUGUCGGCGGGAGCCCUGUGAAGCUGGGACUGCGAAGGGUGUUCCUGCAUCCCCAAUACAACCCAGGCAUCUUGGACUUUGAUGUGGCCUUGCUGGAGUUAGCACGGCCACUGGUCUUCAACAAGUACAUCCAGCCCAUCUGUCUCCCCUUGGCCAUCCACAAGUUCCCUGUGGGCCGGAAGUGUAUGAUCUCAGGCUGGGGCAACACACAGGAGGGAAAUGCCACCAAGCCCGACAUCCUGCAGAAGGCGUCUGUGGGCAUCAUAGAGCAGAAGAUGUGUGGUGCCCUGUACAAUUUCUCCCUCACGGACCGUAUGCUCUGCGCUGGCUUCCUGGAAGGCAGAGUUGACUCCUGCCAGGGUGACUCUGGUGGCCCCCUGGCAUGUGAAGAGACACCCGGUGUCUUUUACCUGGCUGGCAUCGUGAGCUGGGGCGUUGGCUGUGCUCAAGCUAAGAGGCCCGGCGUAUAUGCACGUAUCACACGCCUCAAGGACUGGAUCCUGAAGGCCAUGUCCUCAGGCCCCAGCUCCACACUUUGCCCCCACACCUCCAGCACACAGCUUAUCCCUAACCAGCCCUCCAGAACCACAGCUGCUGGCCUCACUGUCCAAGAGGCCACCACCAGCAGACCUGCGACCCCCAGGGGCACCAGCAGGGUGACUACUAAACCACUCAACACGACACUGUCUGCCAGGAGCACCACUACGAGGGGACAGACACCAGCUGCAAAUGCCCUGAGCACCACCGCAUAUUCCCAGCUGCCAGCCUGCGGCCUGGCGCCCCCUGGGGCCCUGACCCGGAUCGUGGGAGGCAGCACAGCCUCGCGUGGGGAGUGGCCCUGGCAAGUGAGCCUGUGGUUGCGGCACAGGGAGCAUCGCUGUGGGGCUGUACUGGUGGCUGAGAGGUGGCUUCUGUCAGCGGCCCACUGCUUUGACAUAUAUGGUGACCCUAUGCAGUGGGCAGCUUUCCUGGGCACCCCAUUCUUGAGCGGCGCUGAGGGCCAGCUGAAACGCGUGGUGCGCAUCUACCGCCACCCAUUCUACAACCUUUACACGCUGGACUACGACAUAGCGCUGCUGGAGUUGGCGGGUCCUGUGCGACGUAGCCGCCUGGUGACACCCAUCUGCCUGCCAGGGCCUGCGCGGCCCCCCGAAGGCGCGCGCUGCGUCAUCACUGGCUGGGGUUCUCUUCGUGAGGGAGGCUCCAUGGCUCGGCAGUUGCAGAAGGCAGCAGUUCGCAUCCUCAGUGAGCAGACGUGUAGGCGCUUCUACCCUGUGCAAAUUAGCAGCCGUAUGCUGUGUGCAGGUUUCCCACAGGGCGGCGUGGACAGCUGCUCGGGUGAUGCAGGGGGACCCCUGGCCUGCAGGGAGCCAUCUGGCCAGUGGGUGCUAACUGGGGUCACCAGUUGGGGCUAUGGCUGUGGCAGGCCCCACUUUCCAGGUGUCUACACUCGAGUGGCUGCCGUGCUAGGAUGGAUAGGCCAGAACAUCCAGGAGUGACCGUCGU